AUGGAGAACGCCAUGGCGAAUGUCGACCUCGGGCGCUACAGGCGAAUUGUACAGAUGUUUUGGGACCCUGAACCAGCCAACGAUGUCGCCCACGACCUCCCAGUAUGGUGCCUAGGACGUUCGUACAGGCUCUGCGAUAAGAAAAACAUCAAGUCUGAUGAACAGAACCCCCAAACGCCGCCACCAUUACCAAAGGCGGACGCAGAGACCCACGAUACAGCUCAGCCGCCGAACAAACCAGCAAACGCACCUGAGACUCCACCAGAAUCAAUAUCGAGUAGUUUCUCAUCAUCGCUGGCAUACAAUGAUCCGGCAAAUGAUGGGGGAUGGCCAUCGGGAUUUUUAAACGACUUCGAGUCGAGAAUAUGGAUGACAUACCGAUCCGAGUUUGAGCCUAUUCCCCGAUCUGCCAAUCCACAGGCUACUUCUUCACUGUCUUUAUCCAUGAGACUCAAGAGUCAACUGGGUGACCAGAGUCCAUUUUCAUCAGACACUGGGUGGGGUUGUAUGAUCCGGUCUGGCCAAAGCUUGCUUGCAAAUGCCAUAGCAUUGGUUCGUCUAGGUAGAGAUUGGCGUCAAGGGCAGUCACUCGAGGAAGAGUGCUGCAUACUCAGAGAUUUUGCCGAUGACCCCAAGUCCCCUUACUCAAUACAUAGCUUUGUUCGACAUGGUGCCAGUGCCUGCGGCAAGUACCCAGGUGAGUGGUUCGGUCCAUCAGCAACAGCUCGUUGCAUUCAAGCAUUAGCAAAUUCGCACGAGCCCACGAUUAGAGUAUAUUCCACUGGCGAUGGCCCCGAUGUAUAUGAAGAUGAGUUUAUGAAGAUUGCAAAGCCAUCAGGCGAAGCAUUCCACCCCACACUUGUUCUGGUAGGAACUCGAUUGGGGAUAGAUAAAAUUACACCAGUAUAUUGGGAAGCCCUCAUUGCAGCUCUCCAGAUGUCACAGUCUGUAGGAAUUGCAGGUGGCCGGCCAUCUUCAUCACACUACUUCGUCGGCGCGCAAGGUUCCUUCUUGUUCUACCUUGAUCCUCACCAUACGAGACCAGCCCUUCCUUACCACGAGGACCCCACUGAAUACACCAGUGAAGAGAUUGCUUCAUGUCAUACCGCGCGAUUGCGCCGCAUUCAUGUCCGCGAGAUGGAUCCGAGCAUGCUUAUAGGCUUUCUGAUCCGAAGUGAAGAUGACUGGCAAGACUGGAAGCGACGCGUGAAGCAUGUGCAAGGCAAGUCGAUUAUCCAUGUAGCAGAGAGAAAUGCGGUCCUGGGAGGAUCCAACGAGGGUCGAGAGAGUGCCAUUGAUGAAGUUGAAACGUUGAGUGACGAUGACACGGAUACCACUCAAGAGGUCUAA